UGGGGUGAGGGGUUGGUCCGUAUCGGAGCCCUCGUGGGGCUGUCCGUCCGUCUGUGCGUCUAUCCGUGCAGCUCCUUUGGAGUAAAAGCGGUUUGUGAGACGUGUAGCAGUGCUGUGGGGGGGUCCUUCCUGCCUUAUCCCGCAGCCCCCGAGAUGUGCAGCCCUCCCCUCCCCCGCAGCCGUGUUUGCUCAGGGAAUUGGCCUCGGGCUGUAAACAGUGCUGACGUCCGUUCUGUGGCUCAUGCACAUCCCAGGGGAUGGCACUGCAGGGAUGGCUCCCCUCGGUCACCAUAGGGGUCGGGUUGGGAGGGGGGACACCCUACAGACAGACUAUGAGUGGGGAGGGAGACCCCCGCAGACGGGUUGAGCCUCCCUGCCUGCGUCAGUGGGUGUUUGCCCACCACCCACGGGCUGCUGGGGGGGGGAAUAAAGGCAGCUGAGCCCCGCAGCGGGGAUGAUGGACGCUGCAGUGGGAAGAUGGGCGCUGCGUGGCUCUGCCUGCUCUGCGCAGCCAGCGCCGGCCUCGUCCCGCUGGGCACUGGGGGGGAGCAACGGCUGUGGGCAGCCCCACGUCGAGAGGAGCCGGAGCUGCUCCUGCCCCGCGGGGUCGAUGCCAGAGGUGCCGGCGUUGAGGCGCUGCAGGAGGUGCUGGAGAAGCUGCGGAGCCGGGAGCUGCCGCCGACGGCCAAGAAGCCGGGCAGGGUGCCCUCGUGCCAGCUCGGGGAGCCCUGUGCUGUGCGGGUGGGGGCUCGCUUUGGGAAGCGCUGCAGCUGCCCCCCCGGCACCGCCUGCAACCUCUACAUCCUGCGGUGCGCCUAAGGGCUGGGGACAGCACGGAUGCUGCCGGGAUGCUGCUGGCUCAGGCUGUGCCAUGUGGCGUG